AGCAGGUCUGCUGGAAGAGGGAUCAUUUCUGCACACAGACACUUCUGACGAUGGCGGCCAACGAUGUAGAUGUUUUCGCACAUGAAGAAAAGCGAAACCUGGAGCUCGGAGGUCAUGUGGGCUUUGACAGUCUUCCAGAUCAGUUGGUCAGUAAAUCAGUUGCACAGGGAUUCUGCUUCAACAUCCUCUGCGUAGGUGAGACCGGGAUAGGCAAGUCAACAUUAAUGAACACUCUUUUCAAUACAACAUUUGAAAAUGAGGAAGCCAGCCACUAUCAGAGUGAGGUGCAGCUACGCCCACAAACCUACGAUCUGCAGGAGAGCAAUGUCAACCUCAAGCUGACCAUUGUGCACACUGUAGGGUUUGGAGACCAGAUCAACAAAGAACAAAGCUACAAACCCAUUCUUGAGUAUAUUGAUACCCAGUUUGAAAGGUUUCUUGAGGAGGAGCUAAAAAUAAAACGCUCCUUAUUUAACUGCCAUGACACAAGAAUCCACAUCUGCCUGUAUUUCAUCGCUCCCACCGGACACUCCCUGAAGUCUCUUGAUCUCGUCACAAUGAAGAAACUGGACAGCAAGGUGAACAUCAUCCCAGUUAUUGCAAAGGCAGACACGGUUUCCAAGAGCGAACUGGACAAAUUGAAGAUCAAGAUUAUGAGUGAGCUGGUCAGUAAUGGAGUACAGAUUUAUCAGUUCCCCACAGAGGAUGAAGCUGUUGCAGAGAUAAACACCUCCAUGAAUACUCAUCUUCCCUUUGCUGUGGUCGGUAGUUUAGAAGACGUAAAAGUGGGAAAUAAGAUGGUGAAAGCAAGGCUGUACCCCUGGGGAUCAGUACAGGUGGAGAAUGAAAACCAUUGUGAUUUUGUGAAGCUGAGAGAGAUGCUACUGCGUGUGAACAUGGAGGAUCUCCGGGAGCAAACACACGCUCGACACUAUGAGCUCUACCGUCGCUGCAAGCUAGAAGAGAUGGGCUUCAAGGACACAGACCCGGACAGCCAGUCGUUCAGCCUUCAGGAGACAUACGAAGCCAAGAGGAAGGAGUUCCUUGUGGAUCUGCAGCGCAAAGAGGAAGAAAUGAGACAGAUGUUUGUCAACAAAGUAAAGGAAACAGAAGCAGAGCUGAAAGAAAAGGAAAAAGAGCUUCACGAUAGGUUUGAGCAGCUCAAGCGGAUGCACCAGGAAGAAAAGAGGAAUCUGGAGGAGAAAAGACGAGAACUGGAGGAAGAAAUGAAUGCCUUCAACAGAAGAAAGGUUGCAGCUGAGACGCUGAUGGGACAGGCUCUCCAAGGCUGCUCGCAACCAUUCAAGAAGGACAAGGACAAGAAGAACUUCUUUAGUCUUCCAUCUGCGUGCUCCUUAACCUCAGGAAGGAAUUUGAAUUAGAAGACUUUCUACCACAUCAAAAGAUCACAGAUUAACAAUCAAGUGUAUUAUUUUUACAAUGUCAAAUAACAAUUUUAUAGAAAUGCACUUAAAAUCCCUGGAAGUGAUUCAGCCAGAAGUCUUCCAUGUCUACUAACAUUAACAUUUAAGCUUCUAAGCAGCGUAGCAUGGUCUCUGCAUGGCUCCUAACCUUCACUCCUAAAUGUAUUAAAAGAUCAUUGCCAAAAUCUCUAAUCUUUUUGUACUAAAUGUGCUACCUUUAUUUAUCCGCUAUUCUAUGCUUGUAGUUUUUGACUGAUGACAAAUUACACUGUGACAUAUAUGUUAUAAAGUGACAUGAUAUUGCUGUAAAAUGUUGUAGGGAUUAUACAUUACAUUAUGAUUUACAAGCACUUUAAAUCUGUCAUGGUACAAAUAUAACCUUAUAUUUAAUCAUUUUAAAAGUUGUCCUAUCAUGCAAACAUGUCAACCCUUAUGUUGUGUCAAACAUAUCUACUUAGAAAUAUUUUAUUCAGCCUGGAUGUAUAGAAAUUCAGGAUUAAAUCUCUUUAUGUGAGUAGAUCUAUAUGGUGAGUCUUUGUGGGACCACUUGCAGAUUUGUAUAUCCUGAUGUAAUAAAGACUUUUG